GGGUCAUCACCAUCACAAAGCUGCAAGAAGCAGCAGCCUAUAGCUAGCUCAACUCAAGUGAGCUGAGCGAUCAAGAUAUACAGAGGAGAGAUCGAGAGCUAGGCAAUUCAGCAAUGGCGGAGAGGGUGACCGCGAUGGCGUCGCAGGGCAUCGUGGUGAUCUUUGGGGCGAGCUACUGCUGCAUGUCCCACACCAUGACGGGGCUCUUUGCGCAACUGGGCGUGAGCUCUACGGUGCACGAGGUGGACAAGGACCCCCAGAGAAAGGAUCUGGAGAGGGCGCUCGCUGGCAUGGUGGGCCAGAGCCCGGCGGUGCCUGCGGUAUUCAUCCGUGGCGCACUCGUCGGCGGUACCAGGCAGGUCAUGGAGCUGCACCUCGGCGGCCAUCUCGUGCCGCUCCUCCGCCAAGCGGGGGCCCUGUAGUCCUGAUAUGUACUUACAUACUUGUUUAUCAGAUGUACCUCUUGUUAAGAGAAGGGAAUAAUUCUUUGUGAGAGAGUGUUCAUUCUGAUGCUGAUUAAAGAUAUGCUUAAUUUAGACACAAUACAUCACGCAUAGCUCCCAUGGAGAGUUUCUGAGAGAGAGUGUUCAUUCUGAUAGAUGCCAUGAAGAGUUUGUGUGAGACAGUGUUCAUUCUGAUGUGUACUGGUUACCAAAUUGAGCAAACACUAAGCUUAAUUAGCAACGCGAAUGUAUAGAGUUUGUAGCACUGAUUCACACUUGUAGAACACUAGGUAUUGCAAUCAUGUAAUUUUGAUCUUAAGAGCCUCUGUUCAUGUCAACCAAGAAGCCUGAAGUUUGCACUGAAUAUUCUAACUACUGAUCAGUAAUGCCA